CACCCACCCGCGCUCCUCCUCACAGAAAUAGGCUUGGCAACGGGAAAGGGUUAAUUACGCUCGAGGACGAGGGAGGAUUGCAGUUUGAAAGACAGCGACUGGACAGCUGUGUUUGCUGUGGUAUUUUUAAAUGCAUUAAUGCAGGCUCCAAUCACCCGGCUGCGCUUGACCUAUUUUUGGCUCAGGCCAGCCAUUGUUCUAUUUCUGCCGCCUCUGGGCCACGCUGUUGUUGAUUCAAAUGCAAAUGAGUUGUCACUGCCCAGGCCAACUCCGGCAGCCGGACUUGGGGACGGCCGGGGGAGAGCAGCGUGGUGGGGGGACCGCAGCUGGACCCCGGGGAUCGGUUCCCGUUGGGUGCUUGUGCUUAGUGUGAAGCUGUGUUUCCCCACGCUCACUGCCAGAAAGCACCGAGAUACUUCUUUGAUUCUUCGUCCACCUGCUGUUGACUCCCAGAGCACAACUGGUCAAACUCUGAGGCGCACAGCCCAGCAGGCGCUUCUUACCCUCUCACUGCUGUGUAAAGUGGAUUUUGACUUUUGUCUCCUAAUAGAUACUUGGUUCAAACGCGUAAACAUUUCUAUUUACUGAAGUGUACUGUCUGACGAGCCCGGCUGGAGGAGAUGGUGUUUCUGGACGUGAACAGCUCUUGGCUCAGCAAAGAAUGCACAGCAUGAUCAGCUCAGUGGAUGUGAAGUCGGAAGUUCCCGUGGGAUUAGAGCCUAUUUCACCAUUAGACUUGCGAACUGAUCUCAGGAUGAUGGUUCCCAUGGUGGACCCAAUUAUGCGUGAAAAGCAGCUACAGCAGGAGCUACUUCUGAUCCAGCAGCAGCAGCAAAUUCAGAAGCAACUACUGAUUGCAGAGUUUCAGAAACAGCAUGAAAACCUGACCCGCCAGCACCAGGCCCAGCUCCAGGAGCACAUAAAGUUACAACAGGAACUCCUAGCCAUUAAACAGCAGCAAGAAAUUCUUGAAAAAGAGCAGAAACUGGAGCAACAGAGACAAGAGCAGGAACUGGAGAGGCAUCGCAGGGAACAGCAGCUUCCUCCCCUCAGAGGCAAAGAAAGAGGCCGAGAAAGGGCAGUAGCCAGUACAGAAGUGAAGCAAAAACUUCAGGAGUUCCUGUUAAGUAAAUCUGCAACAAAAGACUCUCCAGCAAAUGGAAAGAAUCAUUCCGUGAGCCGCCACCCCAAGCUCUGGUACACGGCUGCCCACCAUACCUCACUGGAUCAAAGCUCUCCACCCCUGAGUGGGGCCUCGCCGCCAUACAAAUACACUUUACCAGGAUCACAGGAUGCCAAGGAUGAUUUUCCACUCCGUAAAACGGCCUCAGAGCCCAAUUUGAAGGUACGUUCAAGGUUAAAACAAAAGGUAACAGAAAGGAGAAGCAGUCCCUUACUGAGGAGAAAGGAUGGAAAUGUUGUCAGCUCGUUCAAGAAGAGACUCUUUGAGGUGACAGAAUCCUCAGUCAGUAGCAGCUCCCCUGGAUCAGGUCCCAGUUCCCCAAGCAAUGGUCCAACUGGCAGUAUAGCAGAAAGUGAAACCUCGGUUUUGCCAUCUAGCAUUCAAGCUGAACAUCUGGUUUCACAGCAACGCCUUUUGAUACAGGAUGAAUCAGUGAACUUGUUGAGUCUGUACACGUCCCCUUCUUUGCCCAACAUUACCUUGGGACUUCCAGCUGUACAAUCUCAAAUCAGUGCUUCAUCAUCAUUCAAAGAAAAGCAGAAGGGAGAGACCCAGACACUCAGACCAGGAGUGGCAUUGGCUGGACAGUAUGGUGGGAACAUUCCCCCAUCUUCAACUCAUCCUCAUGUUGCUUUGGAGGGAAAACCAAAUAGCAGCCACCAGGCUCUCUUGCAACAUCUGUUACUGAAAGAACAGAUGAGACAACAGAAACUUCUUGUAACUGGAGCAGUUCCUCUUCAUCCCCAGUCUCCUUUGGCAGCAAAAGAAAGAGUCUCACCUGGCAUAAGAGCUGCCCACAAACUGCCUCGUCACAGGCCUCUGAAUAGAACCCAGUCAGCUCCUCUUCCUCAGAGCACUUUGGCCCAGCUGGUUAUCCAGCAGCAACAUCAACAGUUUUUGGAGAAGCAGAAACAGUACCAGCAACAGAUCCACAUGAAUAAGAUGCUCUCUAAAUCCAUUGAGCAGCUAAAGCAGCCUGGCAGCCACCUGGAGGAAGCUGAAGAAGAGCUGAAUGGAGACCACUCGAUGCAGGAAGAGCGAGCUCCCGCCAGCGGUGCCAGCAUUAGGGCUGAGAGCAGCAGUGCUGGUGAGGAUGACAGAAUAGGACAGCAGGCGGGAGCUGUGAAAGUCAAAGAGGAGCCACCGGACAGUGAUGAGGAUACUCAAACCCAGCAAAUGGAAUCUGGGGAGCAAGCUGCUUUUGUGCAACAGGAGUUCCUGGAGCAUCAGCGUGUCCACCAGUUGCAAAUCUACCAGGCUCAGAUGGCUACAGUUGGCAUGGCGGGAUUAGAUAAACAUCGGCUGGUGUCCAGGACUCCAUCUUCCCCCACUGAUUCCACAUUACCUCACCCAGCCGUGGACCAGCCCAGCCAGCAUGUCUACACGACUGGUGUUGUGUAUGAUAGCCUGAUGCUGAAGCACCAAUGUAUGUGUGGCAACUACGCUAAUCACCCUGAGCAUGCUGGAAGGAUCCAAAGCAUCUGGUCAAGGCUGCAAGAAACUGGGCUGCUAAACAAGUGUGAGCGAAUUCGAGGUCGAAAAGCCAGUCUGGAGGAAAUACAGCUGGUUCACUCUGAACAUCAUUCACUGCUGUAUGGCACCAGCCCCCUGAACAGACAGAAGCUGGACCCCAGGAAACUCCUAGGAAACGUGUCUCAAAAACUCUUUUCCUUGCUGCCUUGUGGGGGACUUGGGGUGGACAGUGACACCGUUUGGAAUGAGCUGCACUCAGCCGGAGCGGCACGCAUGGCGGUGGGCUGUGUCAUCGAGCUGGCGGCCCGCGUGGCCUCCCGGGAGCUGAAGAAUGGUUUUGCUGUUGUAAGGCCCCCAGGCCAUCAUGCUGAAGAAUCAACAGCCAUGGGGUUCUGCUUUUUUAAUUCAAUUGCAAUUACUGCCAAAUACUUGAGAGACAAGCUAAAUAUAGGCAAGAUAUUGAUUGUAGAUCUGGAUGUUCACCAUGGCAACGGUACACAGCAGGCUUUUUACGCUGACCCCAGCAUCCUGUAUAUUUCACUACAUCGCUAUGAUGAUGGGAACUUCUUCCCUGGCAGUGGAGCCCCAAAUGAGGUUGGAAGUGGCCCAGGUGAAGGUUUUAAUAUAAAUAUUGCUUGGACAGGUGGUUUGGAUCCUCCCAUGGGAGAUGUUGAAUAUCUCACAGCAUUCAGGACUGUGAUCAUGCCAGCUGCCAAUGAGUUUGAUCCAGAGAUUGUCCUGGUAUCAGCAGGAUUCGAUGCCGUGGAAGGCCACGACCCUCCACUGGGCGGCUAUAAAGUCACAGCCAAAUGUUUUGGUCACCUAACCAAGCAAUUGCUGAAGCUAGCGGACGGCCGUGUUGUGCUGGCACUGGAGGGAGGACAUGACCUUACUGCCAUCUGUGAUGCAUCUGAAGCCUGUAUAAAUGCCCUUUUAGGAAAUGAGCUGGAGCCUCUCCCAGAAGACAUUGUGCACCAAAUCCCCAAUAUGAAUGCAAUAGCUUCUUUAAAAAAGACCACUGAAAUUCAAAGCAAGUACUGGAAGUCAGUGGAGCCAUACUCUGUGCCAGUGGAUUGUGCUCUGGCUGAGUCUCAGAAACAAGAGAGGGAGGAGACAGAAACGGUGUCCGCUAUGGCCUCCCUUUCAGUGGAUGUUGAGCAGUGCUUUCCUCAGGAAGGCAGCAGAGCUGCUGGCGAGCCCAUGGAAGAAGAGCCAGCCUUGUGAAGUGCCAAGUCCUCCCUGAUAUUUCCUGUGGGUGACAUCAUUGUGUAUCCCCCCCAAAGCACCCUCAGACAUGUCUUGUCUGCUGCUUGGGUGGCACGGAUCAGAUGGAACAUAAACACUGGGCACAAAGUUCUGAAUAGCAGCUUCACUUGUUCUUUGGAUGGACUUGAAAGGGCCCUAAAGAUUCCUUAAAUGUAACCACUACAAUUGUAGAGUUACAGUUAAACAGGCUCGGGAGAAAGAGCCUAGAGCAUGCUUUUUAUAUGCUGUUAGACCCGCUCACCACCAUCGAUUGUGAAAUACAGUAUUACAAAAUUCUACACGAUAGAUUAUAGAUACGAGUUGCAACACCCAGCAAAAUACUUGGUAAACUCCGUGAAUCACUUUCUGACACUUUUUACUGGGUAAUUUUUUUCAUACUGUGUUAAACUGUUAAUAGAAUGUGUUUUCUUUGCUCCAUGUAAUGAAAAAAAUGAAAAAAAAAGAAAAAGAAAAAGAAAAAAAAACCCAAACCCCUUUAUUUUACGUGAUGUUUUUUAACCCUUGUAAUGAGCUCUUAGCUGAACAAGAGAAAGGUGUGUAAACUGAGAUGAGGGAUUUUAACUACAGGGAAAGCACUUCUUAUUGUACUAUAAAUCCCCCAGAGUACUGUGCUUGGUGGUGCUUCAUUGUUUUUCCCCUUUUCCAGGCCAUCUCUCCCCAUUUCACAUAACCUUUUCUAUCACAUUCACGAUUCCGUAGAGUGAGUGAUCGUCUGUCCUUAAAAGAGCACUAUACCCGCCAUAGUUGACAGUAGCUCUCACCAGAUGUGCAGCAGAGAUCAAGUAGUCUCUGAAAAAUAGAUGGCUUUCCAAAUGUGUUUUCAGUUUGUUCUGAAAUGUUUCUGCAUCCUGGCUCUAAGAGCAGCGAUCUGAAGCAACUGCGUGCAGCUCAUUUGAAGCUCAGGUGUUUCCGUGGAUUUUGUUGGGAGUUUUUUACAGGUUGUCAUGUGAAUACAAACUGAUUCUAUUAUGUAGUCCUGCACUGAGAGAGCUGACGUUCCUUUAGGAGUUUUAAAGGGUUUUGGUUUUAUUUUAGAUCCCCAAAGUGCAGCAAGACUUCCCUGCUAUGCGACAUUAGAUAUUUAAUUCCAUGUUUGCAAAUGUAACUUAGAGUUGUGCCUUUAGCUGACAAUGAACGCUUAAACUGUUACACGUGUUGCCUUACUUAUAGAGAAAGAGAUAGGGUGUGUGUGUUAGAUGACUUCAAAUGAACAAAAUUGUGCUACAGCGACUUUUAUUUUGUUUACAACUUUCUCACCUAAUGAACCCUGGGAGAUACCUUGAAGUAUUUUGCUUGCGGUAUGUGACAGCUCGCUUGGCUUUUAAGAGCAAAUGAUGUUCAUUUUUAUACAUUUUCCAAACUCAAAGGAUAUAUUAAAGCCAUAAGUGAAGACUGUCAUGCUUUUUAUUCUGAAAUCUGAAAGAAACCUUAAUUAAAACAAGAUUCUGGUGAAGGCCAUGAUAUGAAAGAUAUGGAACAAUAUGGUUUCACUUACAGUCAGACUCAAACCUGUAAAUCAAAGAUGAAAGAUUUCAUUCGAAUAGAAUUAUAUAAUUCUCUUUUGUUAUGCAGUCAAACUAUAUCUUUCAUGCAUUUGGGUUUGUUUACGAUUAGCAUUUUAAUUUUAAAGACUUUUAUUACUUAUACAAAAGCUCUCUGCUACAAGUUAGAAAUCUGAGGCAUGCUUUGAAAAGGGAAAUCUAAAAAAAGAAUGUCAUUUCCUAUAAUGCAAGGUAAACUUUUCUACCAAAAGGCUUACUUUAAAAUGGAUAUAUGCCCCUAAGAAAGUUAAAUAAAAUUCUACCCACCAUUUACAAGCCAAAAUCUUGCUCAUUUUAGUAAUGCAGAGGGUCCUAGCAGGCUUAAUUAACUCCUGCUGCAAGCCACCUUGCUUGACUUUGGGCUUCUGAAGGGACUGUUCACAUGACUAAAGCAAUCAGGGUUCACCCUGUAUUUCUAGCAGACUUGUGAUGGCAAUCGUACGUGCCACUUACUGCAAUUUUUUUGUGGUCUUCAAAGUAGUUUCCCUUCAAGGAAACCAAGGGCCAAGCUGAUGAGUUGGGUAAUUUGUAAAGCUUUUCACAUUUUGAAAUAAUGUCUGCAAAAUUUUAAUUGAAUGCAUAGUAAAAUCAUUUUAGAAUUAACCCCACAAAUGCAAAAUCCAUUUGAGUCCUCAGCUUGCAUGACAUGGAAUAUGAAUUGCAGUCUGAAAUGUGAUUCACAAACUUUACCAAUUAAAGUCUAUGUUCUGGAGUGGAAAUCAGAUAAAGCUGUCCUUUGUAGCUGAAAAAGCUUUUAAAAUGCCAGCGUAAUUUGAAUUAAACCACAUUAUAAACUCACACUUAUGCAUUUAUACAGGCAUACUCCUUGACAGACAACUAGACGUGCUAUUGGCUAAAGUCAGGAUCAUUUGGAUAAGCAAAUGUGCAAAUAAACUGCACACAGAUUGUGUCCAGAACUCUGUUCUCACUGAAGCCAAUAACAAAAUCCUCUUUGAUUUCAGUGGGAGAUUAAUCAGGACCUGUGGGGGUUUUUGUGUGUGAGUGUAUGUGUGUUCUUUUGGUGGGUAUUUUUUUUAUUUUUUUUUUUUCAAGAACACCAUUACUUUCUGAUUAUGUCAUUACAAGGCACCGUGCAGCCCUCUGGGAAAUGAUUGAGGCUUAUGGUGAAUAUCAACACUUCCUUCCAAGCAGACCCGGGCUUUCUGAGAGGGCAGUUUCACUUGCUGCUGUUUUCUUCUCACAGUAGUUUUUAUUACCAUCAAUAGCUCCCCAUGGAUUACAGUUAUAAUAUCUCCCAGUACUUUCUCUCUUAUUUCCAGGGAAAUAUUCAUGUGGACACUCUUAAAAAUGCCCAGUUUUAGCCAGAUUCAAGAACAGAUUUCAUGGAUUUCAAAAAGGUGUAAGAACUGCAUGUUUCUUCACUUCUAAUAUUCAAAUCCAGAGGCUUAAGAGCAAUUUCUAAAGAAAUGUCACAGUCUCCUGUCUGUCAUGGGUCUCUGCUUAGGUGAAGGAGAUUGACAUUUCUGAAAAAUACAUUCCAGAAAUUUCUAGAUGGCUGCCAAAAUGUCAACAUCUUAGUUUUGACUGCUUCUGAAAAAUGAGCUGAUGAGGUAAAUAAUGGUUCCUAUAUCCAGUGAGGAGGGGAAGCUGAGGAAAUGGCAAAGAGCCCUCAGAGCCAGGGUGACUGUGGUGGUGCUGGUGGCAUAGGGUCUGCAAGGUGUCCUGCAGCAAAGCCUUGCCUUGUUGUAUGAGGGUUCAAAGGCUGUAUUCCACCUUUGGAUCAAGACUUUUCCUAAGCCAGCAUUUUGCUGAGUCAGAAAUGCUACAGCAGCAAGAACCACUGAUGUGCUGCUCCAGUCUAUACUCUUCCCUCAGUGUUAGAAAGUGUGUUGAGCUAACUGGGAUUUUGGACCUCUUGUAUAUUGUUAGGUUCUUAAAUUCAUAUUAGAAUCUGAAAACUGAAAUAUUGUACAACUCAGGAUAUCGAAAUAUAUAUAUAUUCAGCUUAAUGUUUUUACCUGGGCAGUAAUGUUUAGAGAUGCCAAGCCUGUCUCUUGGUCUUCAUUUUUGGACAUUGUGUGCAGGAGCUUUCUGCACACUCAUUUGGCUUUAAUAUAAUCUGCAGCAAUGAGCUAUUUCAUUAAACUAUCCUUCUUCAGGCAAAAUUCCUAGCAAGCAAUCAAAGUUCAUAGGAAUGCUGCCAGAGUAAAGAGGACAGCAUUAGUCUCUUUCUUAAUUAUGUUCCUUCUUAAUUUUACUUUCAGUAAAAAUUAAGUACUCAAUUUCAGGCAAGUAAAUUUGAGGAAAAUAAAAUCAUUAACUGAUCUUAAAUGAAUAUCAUAACAAGAAAAUACAAACUGCUCUUAUGUAAAGAAAGCUGAUUAUUUCUUUACUUGCAAAAAGUCAACAACAAGCUUCCAGACGCAAGAAAGUGGCAAAAGGGGUCCCCCUCUUCAGUAUGUGGCAUUUAAUUUGGCAUCUCACCUAAAUGAAGUCUCCCUGAAAAGCUGAUAUUCAUAACUGGAGAUGAAAUAUUAGAAAGGUUUUGCUGCAGCCAACACCAGAGGUCCUGUAGAGAACAAGAAUGUAGAGACUGCCUAAUUUGUGCAGACAGACAGCAGGACACUUUCGGGGCAAUGUGUCUGGGAUGAAGAAUUAGAGGGAAUGUUUCCAAAGGCACUGGUGGCUGUAAGACAACCAACAAUGAUUAACUUGCAGGAGCAAGGAGGUGCCCAAGGAGCACUUGCCCUUUGGGAAAUGCCCUGUCUCAUGAACACGCCCACUGCUAUGAAGGCAUGAACCUCCUUACACAGACUUAGUCCUAAAUAACAACAGCCGGGUCUGCUGCCCAGAAGAAGAUACUGUGGUUUUGCCCUUAGCAGACACUUCAUAGCAGGAAUGACAGAGGGGAUAUGUUUUUUCUUUUUUAUUUCUUUUUUUUUUUCUUUUUUUUUUCUUUUUUUCAGUAGUAGCCUUUCCAAGAGUGUAACAGCACACGGUUGUCUUAUUUUAAAAGGUCACAGUAGAGCUUUGUGAACUAUUGUACGUUUUUUUACAGACUCCAUAUGGAAGUAAAACAGAAUAUGCACAUGAAGCAGGGGGAACAUGCUAGGAAGAAAGUUCUCUUAAACCAAGCCUCUGCUACUUACUUUUCAUCCAAAAUCUGGAAGAAUUUGGAUUUUAAAUAAUAGUUUGAUAUUUAUACUGUCGUGUCACUUGCUUUAGUUUUUCCCUGUAAUUGAAUUUGCCCUCAUAGCACAUGAAAACCAGAGAAAAGAAACCCAUCUUCCCUGGCAGAUGCUACUGCCCUUGGUGUGGGAAUGCAAAUAACUUAUCUUUGUCACUUCUAGCAGCAAUUAAAUGUCUCAUUUUUGUGACAGAUCCAAACUGGAGUGGUAUUUUAUGAGAAUGAUUUAGCUGGCUGUCUGCUGAUUGUUAAAAAAAGAAAUUGUGAAACUUGCAUUCCUCUCCAACCUCAAAAGGGACCCAUUUUGAUUUUAACAAUGUAAUAUCUUCACUUGAUCCAAAAGGUUUUUUGUCCCAUGACAUUUUGUUACUAGCUCAGUUUUAGUCUUUUGCAAAUAAAACACCACAGAAAGUGAAGAACAAGGAGGACGUUCCAUCAAUUAUUAAUUGUAACUCCAGUAUACUAUCUUUUACUCUACUCUAGUGCCAUGCUCUGUGCUUCUGUAUAUUAGAAGAGCUUAGAGCAAAGUAUAAACUGUUCUGUGUAAUCUAAGACACUCUUGUUAGGAUUUAAAUUAGCACACUGUGAUUAAGGCUGCAGUUUAUGCUAAAUACGUGCUCCUGUGUGGAUGGUCAAGAGGCAAAUGAAGUAUGAAACUGAUGGCACUGUUACUGUGCAGUGAAAGUGAUUCUGUGUUAAAAUCUUCAAGCAUCAUCCCCUUCCUGUUGGUAUGCCCAAAUGGCUGAAGGAAUGUUUGCAAUGUCAGAGCUGUAGGGUGCCCUUAUUCAAAGGCCACUGAGCUCCCUUCUGUAAAGGGCUGUGGAUAAGAGGUGGGAGGCAGCUUGUGAAGAAAUCUUUGCUUUGCACUAAACCACAACCAAACUACAGUGAAGUCUGGGUGCAAACCUGGUCUCUACCACAUGCCCUGAUUUCAGAUAUAAAGUCCUCGUUCUGCCUCUAGAAAAGUCUGUCUGAAAGAGCACUGGCACCACUGGACGUUUACCUGCUGACUUCAGCAGGCUUCAGAACGUUGUAAAAAUCAUGUCUUAUGCGAACAAGUUUAUUCGCUUGUUUCCUGUUGCUUAAUUUACUGCUGUUUUAUAUUUCUUGAUUUGCUUAAUAUUCUGUUAGGAUGCAGUAGGAAAGCAUAAAGCAAUACCUGGUGAAGUCAUAACUGAAGUUUUCAACCCAAACCUGUGGGAUUUUACUACACCAAGCUUUCCAUCUAGGGAUGCACAGCUGAAGUGUCUAUUUCUUUUUUUCUUUGAAAGUUGUUGUAGCUAUCAUCUGUUUCUAUGAUAUAAAACAGUCUUUUUCUCAGAGCACUAAAAGUUUAUCUGUAAUUUGUCUUUCCAGGCAGAUGAGAUUCUAAGGUAUAAAGUAUUGGUGGGACCAAUCCAAAUGGCAAAAAUUGUAAAGGUUGAUAUUAAUAUUUCUGUGAGAGUCAGAGGAACCUGUGGAUUAUUGUUAUUAUUCCUGAUACAUUUUUGUAUCUGAAAGAUUCCAAUGAGUAAUGUUAAGUAAUACUGUGCUCCAAAAAUCUUGUUGAUUAUAUAUAUAUAUGAGCCUUGGAUUGGUGUGAAAUAGUCCUCAACUGAGUUGUAAAAAACCCUUUUGUUUUGUGUUUUGUAAAAUUCUUUGGCUAUAGUCUUGUCCUAGUGUGAAUAAAAGCUAUUUGAAGUAA